CAACCGGGUAUGGCGGAACCCCCGCCCAAACUCCGGGCAGCCGCCGCGACGUCAUGGCCGGAGCUGCUCGCGCCAUUCGACCUCUCUCGCCUCCGAAGCACGCUCUCCUCCCGCCCGCUCACCCCGCACCGUCUCGGGCGCCUCCUCGCGCUGCCGCUGUCCCCGGCCACCUCCCUCCUCCUCCUCCAGUGGUACGCCGCCUCCCAACCCGUCCUCUCGUCGCACCCCCUCCGGCCCUUGCUCGCCGCCGCCGACGCAGACCCAGAGCGCGCGCUCUCCCUCCUUGAAUCCCUCCCCUCCUCUCGCCACCCCCCUCUCCGGGAGACCCUCCUCAUACCGCUCCUGCGCUCCUUGCCCCCUGGCCGCGCCCUCCACCUGCUCGACCAGUUGCCCAGCCGAUUCGCCGUCUCGCCGUACUUCCGCUCGUACAACACCGUCCUCGCGGCACUGGCCAGGGCGAACUGCCACGCCGAUGUGCUCACGCUCUACCGCCGGAUGGUCCACCGGGACCGCAUCCCACCCACCACCUUCACCUUCGGUGUCGCUGCGCGCGCGCUCUGCCGCCUCGGGCGCGCUGAUGAGGCGCUCGCGAUGCUCCGCAGCAUGGCGCGGCAUGGGUGCGUGCCCGAUGUGAUGCUCUAUCAGACGGUCAUCCACGCUCUGUGUGCCCAGGGUGAGGUCGCCGAGGCUACCACGCUCCUCGACGAGAUGUUCCUCAUGGGGUGCUCUGCUGAUGUCAACACGUUCAAUGACAUUGUGCACGGGCUAUGCAUGCUUGGGCGUCUCCGCGAUGCUGCGAGGCUUGUGGACAGGAUGAUGAUAAGAGGCUGUGUGCCAAACACCAUGACAUACGGGUUCCUUAUCCAGGGCCUGUGCCGAGCAAGGCAGGUGGAUGAGGCACGCACAAUGCUCGGGAGGGUGCCAGAGUUGAAUGUCGUGUUAUUUAACACGGUGAUUGGCGGGUGUCUUUUGGAUGGGAAGCUAACAGAGGCGAUGGAGCUGUAUGAGAUAAUGGGAUCAAAAGGCUGCCCACCAGAUGCACACACUUACAGUAUAUUGAUACAUGGGCUUUGCAAGCUUGGGAGGCUUGGUUCGGCCAUGCGGUUGCUUAGAGAGAUGGAGGAUAAGGGUUGUGCUCCAAACAUAGUAACCUACACGAUCUUGCUGCAUGGUUUUUGCAGGAAUGGCAUGUGGGAUGACAUGAGAGCAACACUGAAGGUAAUGUUGGCAAAUGGCUUGAGUCUGAAUUUGCAAGGAUACAAUGGAAUGAUUUAUGCUGUAUGUAAGGAAGGCAGGAUGGAUGACGCGAUGUCACUCAUGCAAGAGAUGAAGAGUGAAGGUUGCAAGCCUGAUAUCUGCACAUAUAAUACAAUAAUUUAUCAUCUCUGCAACAAUGGCCAGAUCGAGGAGGCUGUGUAUCUAUUUGAAAAUUUGGUUGACGAGGGUGUUGUUGCGAAUAGAAUAACUUAUAAUACACUCAUUCAUGCACUGUUGUGCAAAGGAAGUUUGCAGGAUGCCAUACGGCUUGCAAAUGAAAUGGUACUUCAUGGUUGUUCACUUGAUGUUGUUAGCUAUAAUGGUCUGAUUAAAGCCCUGUGCAAAGAUGGGAAUGUGGAUCGGAGCAUGGUGUUGCUCGCGGAAAUGAUAGAAAAGGGAAUUAAGCCAAAUAACAUUUCAUACAACCUCUUGAUUAGUGAGCUCUGCAAGACAAGAAGGGUGCGUGAUGCACUAGAGCUCUCGAAGGAGAUGUUAAACCAAGGGCUUAGUCCUGACAUUGUCACAUACAACACACUCAUAAAUGGAUUGUGCAAAAUGGGAUGGAUGCAUGCUGCGCUGAAUCUCCUAGAGAAGUUACAUUCUGAAAAUGUGCAUGCAGAUACUAUUACAUACAAUAUCCUCAUUAGUUGGCACUGCAAAGCGAGAUUGCUUGAUGACGCUAAUAUGCUUCUAAACAGAGCAGUGACUGUUGGGAUAACACCUAACGAGCGCACUUGGGGAAUUAUGGUGCAAAAUUUUGUCAGACAGCCACUCAAUUUUUUAUCCGACGAGGUUGAAGGGCAUUAAUUUUCUUUUUGCCGUGUACUGUAUGUUGGUUGUCAUGGCUUUUGGAGUUUACUACAACUACAGAUGUUGUAAAGAUCAGAAUGGGCAGCUCAUGGUGUCCAUCAUAAUGUUCACCAUGCUUGACCUGGUCCAUCAAUUUGUUAAUCCAAGAUUUGGCUCAGGAGAGUGCAGCAUAUGCAGGUAGACGCGAAGACGGCGAGUCGGUGACCAUGGUUGCUCUGUUGAGUUCAGGGGAGCAAAUCAACCGAGGAACUCUGAUCUUAUGAUUUUUAGAAUGGUUUAUGUGUAAGCCACAAAUUUUCGUGCAUCAAACUGUAAAUCUUAACGAGGAUAUGUGUGCUAUUUGUUAACCACAUCAUAUUGAAGUUGGUAACUCAACAUACCCACUGCAUAUUAGUACCCUAGUGAAUGCCUGAAAAUAUUAUCCAUUCACCAAAAAUAUCACUGCGACUGAAUACAUGUUUCUGUACUAAGUAUAGUUGUUUUCAUGUCAUCUAGAUCGUACCAAAUAUAGUAACAAUCAAAUCUGCAAUUCUGGGCAAGGUUAAAUGCUACUCCCCCCAUUCCAUAAUAUAAGACCGUGUGCCACAGGUAUAUUAUGGGAUGGAGGGAGUAUUAAAAAACUAGUCUUGGUUUAGUAUGGCAGUAAUUGUUGGUCACAGCCAUUAAAAUGAUUUAUUAGUUCUAUCAGGUUAUUUAAACUGCGGCAAGGAAUGAACAUUACAGCUUAUCUGCGUCAUGACCCUCUCUGAUUUUCGUUGAUGUUGUUUCAUUCCUUGUCCAAGUAAUGCUUGUAAGUCUUUUGUCUGAAUUGAAAUAUUACGUCAUAUCUGUAUAUUUUACCCCACAUCAUCUUCAAAAAGAUGUUUCUUUUCCGCAGCCCAGAGAGAGCAUUAUUGUGGACGCCGGUGAGCAUCCUUCUUCCUUCUGAAUUGUGUCUAAUUGCCUCUGGUCAUAAACAGCAAGCCACUGAUGGAGGAGCCGUCCACUUCAUGCUGCGAUUAUUCAAGCUUUCCGUACUAAGAAAGCACUGACUGCCAGUAAAGGGAAGUGGACCGUGUGCCACAGAGCUCUUAUUGACCAGUUAACUAUUAGGAUGAUGUCAUGAUGAUGCCUACCCUGCAUCCGUGCAUCGGGCCUUCUGCUCCAUGGAUCGGAAAUGAGAUCCUUCUGUGUUACGUUUCCUAAGAUUAUUUGCUACUUUAUAGCACUGUAUUUCCAUUGUGGCUGGAUCAGGCACUAUCUGAUACCAUGUAAUACAUGCCUUGAAGCAUCAACCUUUAUGACAUUUCGAGAAUGGCAGAAACUCCCUUGUUAGAUUUGCUAAGAAAGUAUGCUACCAUGUACUCCCUCCGUCCCAUAAUGUAAGACGUCUAGGAUUGUGUGCUACUUACCCCCAUUAUAGGAACGUCUUACAUUAUGGGACGGAGGGAGUAGUAUAGUAUUUGCAGUUACUAUGUGUGCCGUCUAGGAUUGUGUGCUACUUACCCCCAUUGUUUGUGUGAAUACCUUGUUUCUGUAUACAUGCGUUGCAGGACAUAGGUCCGCUUUUCACGCAAAAGGGCGCACCUGACCACCCAGGAGGCGCACAAAGGCACGCUGAAGCGAAAUCAUUCUCUUGUCGGCCCUGUAGCUUAGCAGAUGUGUGCAGACUCUGUAGGCUACUGUUUAACUGUUAUUGUUGUGGGAGCCAUUGGCUAUUUAUGCAUAAGAUGGAAGGUGAAGUCGGAUUUUUGUGACGGGAAUUGGAUUUUUUCCAGAUGGCUUGCUCUUCGUGAUGUGGUUGGUACUAAUGAACUGAUGGCAGGCAUCAAGACAAUGUGAUGUCAAUUCUGUAUUCAAUCCUUCACUUGAGUGAAUUACUUGUAUCGGGGGCUGCACUUUAUUCUAGACAAAGAAUGUGCAAAUUAUCAAGUGAAAAUGAGUCAUCAGAUGUGCUGUUGAAGGAUGGAUAACAUGACAAGCGAUCAAGUUCAUGAAAGGAGUGGUCAAUGUUGGUGCAUAUCUAUAUUUCUUUGAUAUCUGUUGAUACUUAUUAGGUUGGAAGUGCAAAUUCUUGUCUGCUUUCUACAGACUGGGGAGCGAGCAAUGUUGUUUUACUGGCAUAUUUUUAUGAUUUCAAAAAAUGUUA